AUGCAGCUCAUCACAGGCGAGGACAAGGCGGCUGAGAGGAUUAAGUGGUGGGGACAGUGGGGACAGGACAGACUGUCCAAGGACGAGGGCCCUGCUUCCUGGCCUGGGUCCCUUCUCGGACAGGGUGCUGGCCGGCUUCCUGGGCUCCGUCCCGCAGCCCUGACUCUCCGGGAAGAAGUGGGUGUGACCCGCUGGACUGACCUGGGGUCGCAGCAUGUGGACCUCGAGCAGAUGACUUCUGCCCUCCGCUGCCCACCUCUGCCGGGCUGGGGCCUCCUAGUCAGGUCAGCUUCCUUGCCCCCCGGACCCCGCUGUGACCCAAAGGAGGACUUGGAAGACGCCACGCGGCCCAGAGAGGCUGACAGUGGGGUCUGGGAGGGGAGGUGGGUGAGGAGGCCAGAUCCUAUCCUCUGGCCUGUCUCCUGUCUGGCCUGUCCCCUGGCCUGUCCCGUCUGUCCCCUGGCCUGUCCUGUCUGCUGUCCCCUGGCCUGUCCCCUGGCCUGUCCCAUCUGUCCUCUGGCUCUGGGGCUCGGGCCCUCCAGGACGGAGUUCAGGGAGUGUCUCCAUCUGCAUCACCCGCAGGGGGCUCGGGCGGCCCAGGGCGGCUGUGCUGGGCACAGAAGUGGGAAGCGGCAUCUGCCACAGCGGCCCCUGCUGGCCACAUGGGGAAUGGCGGCGUGUGACCCAGGCCUGGCGACCCGGGGGGCUGGCGGUCCCACGGAGAGGUCCCACAGAAGCAAUGCCAACUGCACGUCCUGGGGGUCCAGGCCCAUCCCGCAGAGCACGGCACUUAGUGCGGGGAACUGUCCCCAGCGCCUGACACUGGGGUCUCCUCCCCCCACCACGCUGCCCCCUGGGGACCCCACCCGCUGGAGCCUGUGCGCCGUCACGCACCGGGAGGGCAGGAAAGCCGCCCUGGCUGGACUGGUGGGGCUGGAUACGGCGGGGCAGCAGGCUCAUUACCACGUGGGCAAAGGGUUCUGGUCCGGCCCAGAGACUCAGAAUCUGAACACCUACCUACAGCCUCCAGAGCCGCAAGAGGGUAAAAGUGCUGUCACGCCGUUUGUGGCAGCGGGUUCCAGCAGCCAGAGGCAGCUAAUGAUGUCACACAACACGGCACUGGCCAGCACCUCGUGCUGCAUCGGAGCCAAAGCUGCUGUAGGACGUCCCCAGCUGGCGCGCCGUCCUGAUGCCGCCAUCCUGAGCCAGGCCCGGCCCCUGCACUGA